AGUCGGGGGAACAGUGGUGCGAGCUCCAGGCCCGUGCACUGAGGAGGCAGAAACGAGGGGAGCCCCCAGAGCUCCAUCAGGCCCCUUCCAAGGGCUCCCACACCCGGCCCACGCCCCCACCCCCCACCCCGCCUCCUCCCAAUUGUGCAUUUUUGCAGCCGGAGGCGGCUCGGAGAUGGAGCUGUGAGCUUUGCCCAGGGACGGGGGAAAGAGGAGCGAAGAGAAAAGCAGGGGGCGAAGGGUUUGGAUUUGGGGUCAGGGGGCGUACCCUCGCCAGCAGACCCUCCACAAGGGGCUCCGAACUCUGCCUCUUCACCCACGCCCCCGGUGCGCGUUGCUGAAGGAUAGGAUAAGAAUAGAGGAGAAGGAAAGGAGGAAAAAGGGGGACCCCCCAAUUGGGGGGGGGGCGACGGUGAGAAGUAGCAGGACCAGAGAGUAGGGGGCUGCUGCUUGCAUCAGCCCACACCAUGCUGACCCCGCCGCAGCUGCUGCUGCUGCCCCUGCUCUCAGCUCUGGUCGCGGCCGCUGUCGACGUCCCCAAGACUUGCAGCCCCAAGCAGUUUGCCUGCAAAGACCAGAUCACCUGUAUCUCCAAGGGCUGGCGGUGUGAUGGUGAGAGGGACUGCCCUGAUGGAUCUGAUGAGGCCCCUGAGAUCUGCCCACAGAGUAAGGCCCAGCGAUGUCAGCCGAACGAGCACAAUUGCCUGGGCACUGAGCUGUGUAUUCCCAUGUCCCGCCUCUGCAAUGGGGUGCAGGACUGCAUGGAUGGCUCGGACGAGGGGGCCCACUGCCGAGAGCUCCUAGGCAACUGUUCUCAGCUGGGCUGCCAGCACCAUUGUGUCCCCACACUCAACGGGCCUACCUGCUACUGCAAUAACAGCUUCCAGCUGCAGGCAGAUGGGAAGACCUGCAAAGACUUUGAUGAGUGCUCGGUGUACGGCACCUGCAGCCAGCUCUGCACCAACACAGAUGGCUCCUUCACCUGCGGCUGUGUGGAAGGUUACCUGCUGCAGCCAGACAACCGUUCCUGCAAGGCCAAGAACGAGCCGGUAGACCGGCCCCCGGUACUGCUGAUUGCCAACUCUCAAAACAUCCUGGCCACGUACCUGAGUGGGGCCCAAGUGUCUACCAUCACGCCCACCAGCACACGGCAGACCACAGCCAUGGACUUCAGCUACUCCAACGAGACUGUGUGCUGGGUGCACGUCGGGGACAGUGCCGCCCAGACGCAGCUCAAGUGUGCCCGCAUGCCUGGCCUGAAGGGCUUCGUGGAUGAGCACACCAUCAACAUCUCCCUCAGCCUGCACCACGUAGAGCAGAUGGCCAUUGACUGGCUGACGGGCAACUUCUACUUUGUGGAUGACAUCGACGAUAGGAUCUUCGUCUGCAACCGAAAUGGCGACACGUGUGUCACCUUGCUGGACCUGGAGCUCUACAACCCCAAGGGCAUCGCACUGGACCCUACCAUGGGGAAAGUGUUUUUCACCGACUACGGGCAGAUCCCAAAGGUGGAGCGCUGCGACAUGGAUGGGCAGAACCGCACCAAGCUGGUCGAUAGCAAGAUUGUGUUUCCUCAUGGCAUCACGCUGGACCUGGUCAGCCGCCUCGUCUACUGGGCCGACGCCUACCUGGACUACAUCGAGGUGGUGGACUACGAGGGCAAGGGCCGGCAGACCAUCAUCCAGGGCAUCCUGAUUGAGCACCUGUACGGCCUGACCGUGUUUGAGAAUUACCUCUACGCCACCAACUCGGACAAUGCCAACGCCCAGCAGAAGACCAGCGUGAUCCGCGUGAACCGCUUCAACAGCACUGACUACCAGGUCGUCACCCGUGUGGACAAGGGGGGCGCCCUCCACAUCUACCACCAGCGGCGUCAGCCCCGAGUGAGGAGCCACGCCUGCGAGAACGACCAGUACGGGAAGCCGGGUGGCUGCUCCGACAUCUGCCUGCUGGCCAACAGCCACAAAGCGCGGACCUGCCGCUGCCGCUCCGGCUUCAGCCUGGGCAGUGAUGGGAAGUCGUGCAAGAAGCCAGAACACGAGCUGUUCCUUGUGUAUGGCAAGGGCCGGCCAGGCAUCAUCCGGGGCAUGGACAUGGGGGCCAAGGUCCCAGACGAGCACAUGAUCCCCAUCGAGAACCUCAUGAACCCCCGAGCCCUGGACUUCCACGCUGAGAGCGGCUUCAUCUACUUUGCCGACACCACCAGCUACCUCAUCGGCCGCCAGAAGAUCGACGGCACUGAGCGCGAGACCAUCCUGAAGGACGGCAUCCACAAUGUGGAGGGCGUGGCCGUGGACUGGAUGGGGGACAAUUUGUACUGGACGGAUGAUGGGCCCAAGAAGACCAUCAGCGUGGCCAGGCUGGAGAAAGCUGCUCAGACCCGCAAGACCUUAAUAGAAGGCAAAAUGACACACCCCAGGGCCAUUGUGGUGGACCCACUCAAUGGGUGGAUGUACUGGACAGACUGGGAGGAGGACCCCAAGGACAGUCGGCGAGGGCGGCUAGAGAGGGCCUGGAUGGACGGCUCACACCGCGACAUCUUUGUCACCUCCAAGACAGUGCUGUGGCCCAAUGGGCUGAGCCUGGACAUCCCAGCCGGGCGCCUCUACUGGGUGGAUGCCUUCUAUGACCGCAUCGAGACCAUACUGCUCAACGGCACAGACCGGAAGAUUGUAUAUGAAGGUCCUGAGCUGAAUCAUGCCUUUGGCCUGUGUCACCACGGCAACUACCUCUUCUGGACUGAGUACCGGAGCGGCAGUGUUUACCGCUUGGAACGGGGUGCAGAAGGUGCACCCCCCACUGUGACCCUUCUGCGUAGCGAGCGGCCCCCCAUCUUUGAGAUCCGCAUGUAUGAUGCUCAGCAGCAGCAAGUGGGCACCAACAAAUGCCGGGUGAACAACGGUGGCUGCAGCAGCCUGUGCCUGGCCACCCCGGGGAGUCGCCAGUGUGCCUGCGCGGAGGACCAGGUGUUGGGUGCAGACGGUGUCACUUGCAUGGCGAACCCAUCCUACGUGCCCCCACCCCAGUGCCAGCCGGGCGAGUUUGCCUGUGCCAACAGCCGCUGCAUCCAGGAGCGCUGGAAGUGCGACGGGGACAACGACUGCCUGGACAACAGUGACGAGGCCCCGGCCCUCUGCCAUCAGCACACCUGCCCCUCAGACCGCUUCAAGUGCGAGAACAACCGGUGCAUCCCCAACCGCUGGCUCUGUGACGGGGACAACGACUGUGGGAACAGUGAGGACGAGUCCAACGCCACUUGCUCAGCUCGGACCUGCCCGCCCAACCAGUUCUCCUGCGCCAGUGGCCGCUGCAUCCCCAUCUCCUGGACGUGCGACCUGGACGACGACUGCGGGGACCGCUCUGACGAGUCGGCCUCGUGCGCCUAUCCCACCUGCUUCCCCCUGACUCAGUUUACCUGCAACAAUGGCAGAUGCAUCAACAUCAACUGGCGGUGUGACAAUGACAAUGACUGUGGGGACAAUAGUGACGAGGCAGGCUGCAGCCACUCUUGCUCUAGCACCCAGUUCAAAUGCAACAGCGGGCGCUGCAUCCCAGAGCACUGGACCUGCGAUGGGGACAACGACUGCGGGGACUACAGCGACGAGACCCACGCCAACUGCACCAAUCAGGCUACAAGGCCGCCUGGUGGCUGCCACAGUGAUGAGUUCCAGUGCCGGCUGGAUGGGCUGUGCAUCCCCCUGCGCUGGCGCUGUGACGGGGACACUGACUGCAUGGACUCCAGUGACGAGAAGAGCUGCGAGGGGGUGACCCACGUCUGUGACCCCAACGUCAAGUUCGGCUGCAAGGACUCUGCUCGGUGCAUCAGCAAAGCAUGGGUAUGUGAUGGCGACAGUGACUGUGAAGAUAACUCGGAUGAGGAGAACUGUGAGUCCCUGGCCUGCAGGCCACCCUCGCACCCCUGUGCCAACAACACCUCAGUCUGCCUGCCCCCCGACAAGCUGUGCGACGGCAAGGACGACUGUGGAGACGGCUCCGAUGAGGGAGAGCUCUGCGACCAGUGCUCUCUGAAUAACGGAGGCUGCAGCCACAACUGCUCAGUGGCACCCGGGGAAGGCAUUGUGUGCUCGUGCCCUCUGGGCAUGGAGCUGGGGCCUGACAGCCACACCUGUCAGAUCCAGAGCUACUGUGCCAAGCACCUCAAGUGCAGCCAGAAGUGCGACCAGAACAAGUUCAGCGUGAAGUGCUCCUGCUACGAGGGAUGGGUGCUGGAGCCCGACGGGGAGAGCUGCCGCAGCCUGGACCCCUUCAAGCCCUUCAUCAUCUUCUCCAACCGGCACGAAAUCCGGCGCAUCGACCUUCAAAAAGGGGACUACAGCGUCCUGGUGCCUGGCCUGCGCAACACCAUCGCCCUGGACUUCCACCUCAGCCAGAGCGCCCUCUACUGGACCGACGUGGUGGAGGACAAGAUCUACCGCGGGAAGCUGCUGGACAACGGAGCCCUGACCAGUUUCGAGGUGGUGAUUCAGUACGGCCUGGCCACCCCCGAGGGCCUGGCCGUAGACUGGAUUGCAGGCAACAUUUACUGGGUCGAGAGCAACCUGGACCAGAUCGAGGUGGCCAAGCUGGAUGGGACUCUUCGGACCACCCUGCUGGCGGGUGACAUCGAGCACCCAAGGGCGAUUGCACUGGAUCCCCGAGAUGGGAUCCUGUUCUGGACGGACUGGGACGCCAGCCUGCCCCGAAUUGAGGCAGCCUCCAUGAGUGGGGCUGGGCGCCGCACCAUCCACCGGGAGACGGGCUCGGGUGGCUGGCCCAACGGGCUCACCGUGGACUACCUGGAGAAGCGCAUCCUCUGGAUCGAUGCCAGGUCGGAUGCCAUCUACUCGGCCCGUUACGACGGCUCCGGCCACAUGGAGGUGCUCCGGGGGCACGAGUUCCUGUCCCACCCGUUCGCGGUGACGCUGUACGGGGGGGAGGUGUACUGGACGGACUGGCGGACAAACACGCUGGCCAAGGCCAACAAGUGGACCGGCCACAAUGUCACCGUGGUACAGAGGACCAACACCCAGCCCUUCGACCUGCAGGUGUACCACCCCUCCCGGCAGCCCAUGGCUCCCAACCCCUGCGAGGCCAAUGGGGGCCGUGGCCCCUGCUCCCACCUGUGUCUCAUCAACUACAACCGGACGGUCUCCUGCGCCUGCCCCCACCUCAUGAAGCUCCAGAAGGACAACACCACCUGCUACGAGUUUAAGAAGUUCCUGCUGUACGCACGUCAGAUGGAGAUCCGGGGUGUGGACCUGGACGCCCCCUACUACAACUACAUCAUCUCCUUCACGGUGCCCGACAUCGACAACGUCACGGUGCUGGACUACGACGCCCGCGAGCAGCGCGUGUACUGGUCCGACGUCCGGACGCAGGCCAUCAAGAGGGCCUUCAUCAACGGCACUGGCGUGGAGACGGUGGUCUCUGCAGACUUGCCGAAUGCCCACGGGCUGGCCGUGGACUGGAUGUCCCGGAACCUGUUCUGGACCAGCUACGACACCAACAAGAAGCAGAUCAACGUGGCCCGGCUGGACGGCUCCUUCAAGAACGCAGUGGUGCAGGGCCUGGAGCAGCCCCACGGCCUGGUUGUCCACCCCCUUCGUGGGAAGCUGUACUGGACCGACGGUGACAACAUCAGCAUGGCCAACAUGGACGGCAGCAACCGCACCCUGCUCUUCAGUGGCCAGCGGGGCCCUGUGGGCCUGGCCAUUGACUUCCCUGAAAGCAAACUCUACUGGAUCAGCUCCGGGAACCACACCAUCAACCGCUGCAACCUGGACGGGAGUGACCUGGAGAUCAUCGACGCCAUGCGGAACCAGCUGGGCAAGGCCACAGCCCUGGCCAUCAUGGGGGACAAGCUGUGGUGGGCAGAUCAGGUGUCGGAGAAGAUGGGCACCUGCAACAAGGCUGACGGCUCGGGGUCCGUGGUCCUGCGGAACAGCACCACCCUAGUGAUGCACAUGAAGGUCUACGACGAGAGCAUCCAGUUGGGGCACGAGGUCACCAACCCCUGCAGUGUCAACAACGGGGACUGCUCCCAGCUCUGCCUGCCCACGUCAGAGACGACCCGCUCCUGCAUGUGCACAGCUGGCUACAGCCUCCGGAGUGGCCAGCAGGCCUGUGAGGGCGUGGGCUCUUUCCUCCUGUACUCUGUGCAUGAGGGGAUCCGCGGAAUCCCCCUGGAUCCCAACGACAAGUCGGACGCCCUGGUCCCAGUGUCCGGGACUUCCCUGGCUGUCGGCAUCGACUUCCAUGCUGAAAAUGACACCAUUUACUGGGUGGACAUGGGCCUCAGCACCAUCAGCCGGGCUAAGCGAGACCAGACGUGGCGUGAGGAUGUGGUGACCAAUGGCAUCGGCCGCGUGGAGGGCAUCGCCGUGGACUGGAUUGCCGGCAACAUCUACUGGACGGACCAGGGCUUUGACGUCAUCGAGGUCGCCCGGCUCAAUGGCUCUUUCCGCUACGUGGUCAUCUCCCAGGGCCUGGACAAGCCCCGGGCCAUCACCGUCCAUCCGGAGAAGGGGUACUUGUUCUGGACCGAGUGGGGCCAGUACCCACGGAUUGAGCGGUCUCGGCUGGACGGCACCGAGCGCGUGGUGCUGGUUAACGUCAGCAUCAGCUGGCCCAACGGCAUCUCGGUGGACUAUCAGGAUGGGAAGCUGUACUGGUGCGACGCCCGGACGGACAAGAUCGAGCGGAUCGACCUGGAGACGGGGGAGAACCGCGAGGUGGUUCUGUCCAGCAACAACAUGGACAUGUUCUCCGUGUCUGUGUUUGAGGAUUUCAUCUACUGGAGUGACAGGACUCACGCCAAUGGCUCCAUCAAGCGCGGGAGCAAAGACAAUGCCACGGACUCGGUGCCCCUGCGGACGGGCAUCGGUGUCCAGCUCAAAGACAUCAAGGUCUUCAACCGGGACCGCCAGAAAGGCACCAACGUGUGUGCAGUGGCCAACGGUGGGUGCCAGCAGCUGUGUCUGUACCGGGGUGGCGGGCAGCGGGCCUGCGCCUGCGCCCACGGGAUGCUGGCUGAAGACGGGGCGUCGUGCCGCGAGUAUGCUGGCUACCUGCUCUACUCGGAGCGCACCAUCCUCAAGAGCAUCCACCUGUCGGAUGAGCGCAAUCUCAACGCGCCCGUGCAGGCCUUCGAGGACCCUAAGCACAUGAAAAAUGUCAUUGCUCUGGCCUUCGACUACCGAGCAGGCACCUCCCCGGGCACCCCCAACCGCAUCUUCUUCAGUGACAUCCACUUUGGGAACAUCCAGCAGAUCAAUGACGACGGCUCCGGGAGGACCACCAUUGUGGAGAAUGUGGGCUCCGUGGAAGGCCUGGCCUAUCACCGUGCCUGGGACACUCUCUACUGGACAAGCUACACGACAUCCACCAUCACCCGCCACACGGUGGACCAGACCCGCGUAGGGGCCUUCGAGCGUGAGACGGUUAUCACCAUGUCUGGAGAUGACCACCCACGGGCCUUUGUGCUGGAUGAGUGCCAGAACCUGAUGUUCUGGACCAACUGGAACGAGCAGCACCCCAGCAUCAUGCGAGCGGCCCUGUCUGGAGCCAAUGCCCUGACUCUCAUCGAGAAGGACAUCCGCACCCCCAACGGCCUGGCCAUCGACCACCGUGCGGAGAAGCUCUACUUCUCCGACGCCACCCUGGACAAGAUCGAGCGGUGCGAGUAUGAUGGCUCCCACCGCUACGUGAUCCUGAAGUCGGAGCCAGUCCACCCCUUCGGGUUGGCCGUGUACGGGGAGCACAUCUUCUGGACGGACUGGGUGCGGCGGGCUGUGCAGCGAGCCAACAAGUACGUGGGCAGCGACAUGAAGCUGCUGCGCGUGGACAUCCCCCAGCAGCCCAUGGGCAUCAUCGCGGUGGCCAAUGACACCAACAGCUGUGAGCUCUCCCCCUGUCGCAUCAACAACGAGGGCUGCCAGGACCUGUGUCUGCUCACCCACCAAGGCCACGUCAACUGCUCCUGCCGAGCGGGCCGCAUCCUCCAGGAGGACCUCACCUGCCGGGCGGUGAAUUCCUCGUGCCGAAUACAAGACGAGUUCGAGUGCGCCAACGGCGAGUGCAUCCACUUCAGCCUGACGUGCGAUGGCGUCUCCCACUGCAAGGACAAGUCCGACGAGAAGCCGUCCUACUGCAGCUCGCGCCGCUGCAAGAAGACUUUCCGCCAGUGCAACAACGGGCGGUGCGUGUCCAACAUACUGUGGUGCAACGGGGCAGAUGACUGUGGGGACGGCUCCGACGAGAUUCCCUGCAACAAGACGGCCUGCGGUGCCGGCGAGUUCCGCUGCCGGGACGGCACCUGCAUCGGGAACUCCAGCCGCUGCAACCAGUUCGUGGACUGUGACGACGCCUCCGACGAGAUGAACUGCAGCGCCACCGACUGCAGCAGCUACUUCCGCCUGGGGGUGAAGGGCGUGCACUUCCAGCCCUGCGAGCACACCUCCCUCUGCUACGCGCCCAGCUGGGUGUGCGACGGCGCCAACGACUGCGGGGACUACAGCGACGAGCGGGACUGCAGGUCCGACUUCCCGCCCCCAGGUGUGAAGCGCCCCAGGUGCCCCCUGAAUUACUUCGCCUGCCCCAGUGGGCGCUGCAUCCCCAUGAGCUGGACAUGUGACAAGGAGGACGACUGUGAACAUGGGGAGGAUGAGACCCACUGCAACAAGUUCUGCUCCGAGGCCCAGUUUGAGUGCCAGAACCAUCGCUGCAUCUCCAAGCAGUGGCUGUGUGACGGCAGCGACGACUGCGGGGACGGCUCGGACGAGGCGGCUCACUGUGAGGGCAAGACGUGCGGCCCCAACUCCUUCUCCUGCCCGGGCACCCAUGUGUGUGUCCCCGAGCGCUGGCUCUGUGAUGGCGACAAGGACUGUGCCGACGGCGCCGACGAGAGCGUGGCCGCCGGCUGCCUGUACAACAGCACCUGCGACGACCGGGAGUUCAUGUGCCAGAACCGCCAGUGCAUCCCCAAGCACUUUGUGUGCGACCACGACCGGGACUGCGCUGACGGCUCCGACGAGUCCCCGGAGUGUGGUGAGCCCGGGGCCGCGUGCUACGCCUCCUCGCAGUUCCUGUGCAGCAGCGGGCGCUGUGUGGCCGAGGCGCUGCUCUGCAACGGCCAGGAUGACUGCGGCGAUGGCUCGGACGAGCGGGGCUGCCACGUCAACGAGUGUCUCAGCCGGAAGCUCAGCGGCUGCAGCCAGGAGUGCGAGGACCUCAAGAUCGGCUUCAAGUGCCGCUGCCGCCCCGGCUUCCGGCUGAAGGACGACGGCCGCACGUGUGCUGACGUGGACGAGUGCAGCACCACCUUCCCCUGCAGCCAGCUCUGCAUCAACACCCACGGCAGCUACAAGUGUCUGUGCGUGGAGGGCUACGCCCCCCGCAGCGGCGACCCCCACAGCUGCAAGGCCGUGACCGAUGAGGAGCCGUUUCUGAUCUUCGCCAACCGGUACUACCUGCGCAAGCUCAACCUGGACGGCUCCAACUACACGCUGCUUAAGCAGGGCCUGAACAACGCCGUCGCCUUGGACUUCGACUACCGCGAGCAGAUGAUUUACUGGACGGAUGUGACGACUCAGGGCAGCAUGAUCCGAAGGAUGCACCUCAACGGGAGCGACGUGCAGGUGCUGCACCGGACCGGCCUCAGCAACCCCGACGGGCUGGCUGUGGACUGGGUGGGCGGCAACCUGUACUGGUGCGACAAAGGCCGGGACACCAUCGAGGUGUCCAAGCUCAACGGGGCCUACCGGACAGUGCUGGUCAGCUCUGGCCUCCGUGAGCCCAGGGCUCUGGUGGUGGAUGUGCAGAACGGGUACCUGUACUGGACAGACUGGGGCGACCACUCACUCAUCGGCCGGAUCGGCAUGGAUGGGUCUGGCCGCAGCGUCAUCGUGGACACCAAGAUCACGUGGCCCAACGGCCUGACCCUGGACUACGUCACGGAGCGCAUCUACUGGGCCGAUGCUCGGGAGGACUACAUUGAGUUUGCCAGCUUGGACGGCUCCAAUCGUCACGUUGUGCUCAACCAGGACAUCCCGCACAUCUUCGCACUGACCCUGUUUGAGGACUACGUCUACUGGACCGACUGGGAGACCAAGUCCAUCAACCGAGCCCACAAGACCACGGGCGCCAACAAGACCCUCCUCAUCAGCACGCUGCACCGGCCCAUGGACCUGCACGUCUUCCACGCCCUGCGCCAGCCCGACGUGCCCAAUCACCCCUGCAAGGUCAACAACGGCGGCUGCAGCAACCUGUGCCUGCUGUCCCCCGGGGGCGGCCACAAGUGCGCUUGUCCCACCAACUUCUACCUGGGCAGCGACGGGCGCACCUGUGUGUCCAACUGCACGGCAAGCCAGUUUGUGUGCAAGAACGACAAGUGCAUCCCCUUCUGGUGGAAGUGCGACACGGAGGACGACUGCGGGGACCACUCGGACGAACCCCCGGACUGCCACGAGUUCAAGUGCCGCCCAGGACAGUUUCAGUGCUCGACCGGCAUCUGCACAAACCCCGCCUUCAUCUGUGACGGGGACAACGACUGCCAGGACAACAGUGACGAGGCCAACUGCGACAUCCACGUCUGCCUGCCCAGUCAGUUCAAGUGCACCAACACCAACCGCUGUAUCCCCGGCAUCUUCCGCUGCAACGGGCAGGACAACUGCGGAGACGGGGAGGACGAGAGGGACUGCCCCGAGGUGACCUGUGCCCCCAACCAGUUCCAGUGCUCCAUCACCAAGCGCUGCAUCCCCCGCGUCUGGGUCUGUGACCGGGACAACGACUGCGUGGACGGCAGUGACGAGCCUGCCAAUUGCACCCAGAUGACCUGCGGGGUGGAUGAGUUCCGCUGCAAGGACUCGGGCCGCUGCAUCCCCGCGCGCUGGAAGUGUGACGGAGAGGACGACUGUGGGGACGGCUCUGACGAGCCCAAGGAGGAGUGUGACGAGCGCACCUGUGAGCCCUACCAGUUCCGCUGCAAGAACAACCGCUGCGUGCCUGGCCGCUGGCAGUGCGACUACGACAACGACUGUGGGGACAACUCCGACGAGGAGAGCUGCACCCCUCGGCCCUGCUCUGAGAGUGAGUUUUCCUGUGCCAACGGCCGCUGCAUCGCUGGGCGCUGGAAAUGUGAUGGGGACCAUGACUGUGCGGAUGGCUCGGACGAGAAGGACUGCACGCCCCGCUGUGACAUGGACCAGUUCCAGUGCAAGAGUGGGCACUGCAUCCCCCUGCGCUGGCGCUGUGAUGCGGACGCCGACUGCAUGGACGGCAGCGACGAGGAAGCCUGCAGCACUGGCGUGCGGACCUGCCCGCUGGACGAGUUCCAGUGCAACAACACCCUGUGCAAGCCCCUGGCGUGGAAGUGCGACGGCGAGGACGACUGCGGGGACAACUCCGACGAGAACCCCGAGGAGUGCGCCCGGUUUAUGUGCCCCCCGAACCGGCCCUUCCGUUGCAAGAACGACCGCGUCUGCUUGUGGAUCGGGCGCCAGUGUGACGGCACCGACAACUGCGGGGACGGGACUGAUGAGGAGGACUGUGAGCCCCCCACGGCUCAGACCGCCCACUGCAAAGACAAGAAGGAGUUUCUGUGCCGGAACCAGCGCUGCCUCUCCUCCUCGCUGCGCUGCAACAUGUUCGACGACUGUGGGGACGGCUCCGACGAGGAGGACUGCAGCAUCGACCCCAAGCUGACCAGCUGUGCCACCAACGCCAGCCUCUGCGGGGACGAGGCACGCUGCGUGCGCACCGAGAAGGCCGCCUACUGCGCCUGCCGCUCCGGCUUCCACACGGUGCCAGGCCAGCCCGGAUGCCAAGACAUCAACGAGUGUCUGCGCUUCGGCACCUGCUCCCAGCUCUGCAACAACACCAAGGGCGGCCACCUCUGCAGCUGCGCCCGCAACUUCAUGAAGACACACAACACCUGCAAGGCUGAAGGCUCUGAGUACCAGGUCCUGUACAUCGCCGACGACAAUGAGAUCCGCAGCCUGUUCCCCAGUCACCCCCACUCAGCGUACGAGCAGGCCUUCCAGGGCGAUGAGAGCGUCCGCAUCGACGCCAUGGAUGUGCAUGUCAAGGCUGGCCGCGUCUACUGGACCAACUGGCACACGGGCACCAUCUCCUACCGCAGCCUGCCGCCCGCUGCGCCUCCCACCACUUCCAAUCGUCACCGGCGAGAGAUUGACCGGGGUGUCACCCACCUUAAUAUUUCAGGGCUCAAGAUGCCGAGGGGCAUCGCCAUCGACUGGGUGGCCGGGAACGUGUACUGGACGGACUCCGGCCGAGACGUGAUUGAGGUGGCGCAGAUGAAGGGCGAGAACCGCAAGACGCUCAUCUCGGGCAUGAUUGACGAGCCCCACGCCAUCGUGGUGGACCCGCUGAGGGGCACCAUGUACUGGUCAGAUUGGGGGAACCACCCCAAGAUCGAAACGGCCGCGAUGGAUGGGACCCUGCGGGAGACGCUGGUCCAAGACAACAUCCAGUGGCCCACAGGCCUGGCCGUGGACUAUCACAACGAGCGGCUCUACUGGGCGGAUGCCAAGCUCUCGGUCAUCGGCAGCAUCCGGCUCAAUGGCACUGACCCCAUCGUGGCUGCUGACAGCAAGCGAGGCCUCAGUCACCCCUUCAGCAUCGAUGUCUUUGAGGAUUACAUCUAUGGCGUCACCUACAUCAAUAACCGUGUCUUCAAGAUCCAUAAGUUUGGACACAGCCCCUUGAUCAACCUGACGGGGGGCCUGAACCACGCCUCGGACGUGGUCCUGUACCACCAGCACAAGCAGCCGGAAGUGACCAACCCCUGUGACCGCAAGAAGUGCGAGUGGCUCUGCCUGCUGAGCCCCAGCGGGCCCGUCUGCACCUGCCCCAACGGGAAGCGCCUGGACAACGGCACCUGUGUGGCUGUGCCCUCUCCAACGCCCCCGCCCGAUGGUAUGCUCGCCCCUCCCUGCACCCUCUCCGCAGGCGUGCCCACGUGCCGCUGCCCCACGGGCUUCACCGGCCCCAAGUGCACCCAGCAGAUGUGUGCGGGCUACUGCGCCAACAACAGCACCUGCACUGUCAACCAGGGCAACCAGCCCCAGUGCCGAUGCCUGCCCGGCUUCCUGGGGGACCGCUGCCAGUUCCGGCAGUGCUCUGGCUACUGUGAGAACUCUGGCACCUGCCAAAUGGCUGCUGACGGCUCCCGGCAGUGCCGCUGCACCAACCACUUCGAGGGGCCCCGGUGUGAAGUGAAUAAGUGCAGCCGCUGUCUCGACGGAACCUGCACGGUCAACAGGCAGAGUGGGGACGUCACCUGCAACUGCACGGAUGGUCGGGUGGCCCCCAGCUGUCUGACCUGCGUUGGCCACUGCAGCAAUGGCGGUUCCUGCACCAUGAACAGCAAAAUGAUGCCUGAGUGCCAGUGCCCACCCCACAUGGCAGGACCCCGAUGUGAAGAGCAAGUGGUCAGCCAACAGCAGCCUGCACAUAUGGCCUCCAUCCUAAUCCCCCUGCUGUUGCUGCUACUGCUGCUUCUGGUAGCGGGAGUGGUAUUCUGGUACAAGCGGCGAGUCCGGGGGGCUAAGGGCUUCCAGCACCAGCGGAUGACCAACGGGGCCAUGAACGUGGAGAUCGGGAACCCUACCUACAAGAUGUACGAAGGCGGGGAGCCUGAUGAUGUGGGAGGCCUCCUGGAUGCUGACUUUGCCCUGGACCCUGACAAGCCCACCAACUUCACCAACCCCGUGUACGCCACACUCUACAUGGGGGGCCACGGCAGCCGCCACUCCCUGGCCAGCACGGAUGAGAAGAGAGAACUCCUGGGCCGGGGCCCUGAGGAUGAGAUAGGGGACCCUUUGGCGUAGGCCCGGCCCUGCCCCGUCGGACUUUCCCCGAGAGCCUCCUGCCCCUGCCAGAGAAGUCCUUCCGUGAGCCCCUCCUGCCCGCCAGCCCUCCCCGGCCUGCCGGGAUGUAUAAAUGUAAAAAUGAAGGAAUUACUUUUUAUAUGUGAGUGAGCAAGCGAGCGAGCACAGUAUUAUCUCUUUUCAUUCUUCUCCUUCCUGCCCACUCCUCAGCACUCCCUCCCCAGUGCUGCCUUCGGGGAAGGGGGGGGGCAUGGAGCGCUCCGGGGGCUCCUUUGGCUCACAGGUAUGAGGGACCCCCACCUCCCAUCUUCCCACCAAAAUGCACCUCCACUGGGAGAGCUGGUGGUGCUGCCUCCCCUUCCUGGUCAAGACACUUUGUCAGGGCUCUCCCUGCGGUCCCCCCCUUUACCCUCCUGGCUCCCCAAGGGCUGAUUCUGGGGCGGAGAGUCCUUCGCUGCCCCUGUCUGGAGGACUUGGCUCUGGCUGAGGUAGGAAGGGAAGGAUGGAGUUUUUUAGUUCUUGGGGCAUCCAUCCCAUGCCCACAGCCCCCAUUCUAGGGGCAGCCUUGAGAUGGCCAUGCUCAGUACCCCUCCCAGACAGGCACCCCAUCUCCAGUGCCCCCACAUGGCUCCCGGGGCUGGAGACUUUGGUAAACAGUCCCCCAGACUCCCCUCCCCUGGGGAGGAGGUGGGGCCCACCAAGGAAGGGCAAGCGGGCAGCCCCGUUUUGGGAACAGGAACGUUUUAAUAAUUUUUGCUGAAUUCCUUUACAACUAAAUAACAGAUAUUGUUAUAAAUAAAAUUGUAAAAAAGAAAAAAAAAAAGAAAAGAAAA